AUGGGUGCGGAGAUCAUGCUAAAAAGGGAGAUGAAGCCGGAAAAUGACAGGCCACGGAGAGUCCGGUUUCGGAUCGCAUCAUCUCACAGUGGACGAGUUCUGAAGGAAGUGUAUGAAGAUGGACAACCUCCCGGCUCUCUGGAUUCGGAAUGUGCCAGUAUCUGCGGCAUUGAUGGACUAAGCGAUUCUGAUGGACAUCAAGAUGGCCACUUAGGAUCGGAAGGCGAUGAGCAUGAGAAUGACCAGGAUAACUUGCUUGUGUUAGCAAGGGCUGCCAGUGAAAAGGGUUUUGGUACAAGAAGAGUCAACAUUUUGAGUAAAAAUGGCACAGUGAGAGGCGUCAAAUACAAAGUGAGUGCUGGGCAAGCUCUGUUUAACAAUUUGACCAAAGUACUCCAGCAACCUUCGACUGACCUAGAAUUUGAUCGUGUAGUGAUUUAUACUACUUGCCUACGUGUGGUGAGGACAACCUUUGAAAGAUGUGAACUGGUUAGAAAGAUCUUCCAAAACCAUCGGGUAAAAUUUGAAGAGAAAAACAUUGCCCUGAAUGGUGAAUAUGGAAAAGAGUUAGAUGAACGAUGCCGCCGAGUUUCGGAAGCUCCUUCUCUCCCCGUUGUGUUCAUUGAUGGUCAUUACCUGGGGGGUGCUGAAAAAAUUUUGUCAAUGAAUGAAUCCGGAGAACUGCAAGACCUCUUAACCAAAAUUGAGAGAGUGCAGCAUCCACACGAAUGUCCCUCCUGCGGAGGCUUUGGUUUUCUUCCAUGCUCCAUGUGCCACGGGAGCAAGAUGUCAGUGUUUCGAAACUGCUUUACAGAUUCCUUCAAAGCCCUGAAGUGUACGGCUUGCAAUGAGAAUGGCCUUCAGCGGUGUAAGAACUGUGCCGGCUAGUUUCUACCCAAACUAAGUUUCAUUUUAUGAAAGACAAUAAUUUGGUUUACAUGUUUUUCUUUCUU